AUUUGAAAGGUCAUCACCAACGCUGUCAUGCUGAACAGUGCGCAUGCGUAAAAUUUUUUAUUUCUAGUGGGUACUUGGAUGUUGGAAGCUCGGUGUAAUGGUCACUGAGAUUGUUUCUCCUUUUAAAGAAAAAGCCUAAAGUUUCAAUUCAAAAGUGAGUUGAUUACCCAACAUGUCUCCCCGCAUUGAUGACGUCAUGAAGCUGUGUUGCGAGCUAUCUGCAAAUCAGCAGAUAAAGACUACAGUGAAGCAUUCUGGGAAGGGAGCGAUGACUGCUGGGGGACUUGCUUUUGCUGGAGGAUUGGUUGGGGGACCUCUUGGCAUUGCUGUAGGUGGUGCUGUUGGAGGACUUCUGGGAUGCUGGAUGACAAGCGGUCAGUUCAAACCACUUCCUCAGGUCAUCAAUGAAAUGACCCCAGCGCAGCAGAAGCAGCUCUACGAGGACAUCAUGGCCAUCUUGGGCUCGAUCGAGUGGACUGAUGUAGUCCAGUUAACAGCCUUAGUCACAGGAAACGCUUCACUUCAGCAGCAAGUGACUGCUGCUUUACUGAGCUACAUUCACAAAGAGCUUCAGGCUGAGGUGCAUUAUGUGGACUGAACAAAUCACUCAUUUGGACAACAUACAAUUUAAUGACUGAUGUAAAGAAAAUGAUGUGUUCUAUUUAAGUGAAUGCUUAUUUAUUUUAUAGAACUUUUUAAAUUAUGUCUUUAAUGUCAAUUUUAGAAACAAAUUGCACAAGACACUACAGUUUUGACAAUAAGGACGAAUAAACGGUGGUUUUAAUUUAAAUAAUGUUCACACUAAUAUUGUAAUGCUGUGGUUUCUCACUGAUUUGAUUAUUUAUUUAUUUAUUUAUUUAUUUUCUCACAAUUUAGUUUUUUUCCCGUUCCCACCUACUGCUACAAGAUACACUUUAUUGGCAAAAGUAAGGGGCUCGGCCCCUUAGUUCCUGUGAAAGGAACUCUUCAGCAUACCAAGACAUUUUGGACAAUUUCAUACUUCCAACUUUGUGGGAACAGUUUGGGGAUGGCCUGAAAUACAACACAUGAAUUCAAUGAUUUGGAGGGGUGUCCCAAAACUUUUGCCAAUAUUGUGUAGCUACCAGUCACCAGACCCAACGUCCGAGUCAUGCUAGUUUUUGAUACUUAUAAUGCCAAGCCAAGUGUUGCUCAUGCACUAGAUACUUCUUAUGUUUUUAAUUAAACACAAAGUCUCUGUACUAUAAAGUCACUGGAUGAUGACCAGUUGCCUACGAUAUCCACAGGAGCAUCCCACCUCCCCCUGUUAUUCAAAGAUAAAAAAAUAUAUAUUUUAUUUUUGGCAUUCUCGUUGUCUUAUUAGUGCUUCAAAAAGUUAUUUUUGUGAAACCAGAUGCAACAGCACCACAAGUGAGAUUAAGCAAAAUCACACAGCUUGAUAAGAAAGUGAUGCUGACUAAUCCCAGCAUUAUGGAUGCAUGCAGCCAAUCAGACAGUUGGGUCAGGUGAUGACACAGACUGACACGCCCCCUAGAUUUGCUCUCUUCUCAUGAACUGAUAUCUUUCAUACUGUUUUACCGAUGCUUCUGUGUCAUCAGCUGGGUUUUUCUGCUGAAAUGUGUUUCCUUAGUUCAUAGUUGCAGGCACACAUCCAGAGAAACCUUAUUAUUAUUAUUAUUAUUAAAGACGAAUGAGUUGACCCUAACAGUUUAUUUGCUGAGCUCUUGGUGGCUUUGCCCUCACACCACCCGUCAGUGUGUAUAACAGAUCUCAGUUUGAUUCUAAAGUGACCUUAAUUAAUCUAUAAUUACAUUAUACUUACAUCACAUGUUUAAUUAUUCAGUUUUUAGCCUUUACACUCAUGUUACUUCUUAUUUGGCUUUUUGUUUGUUUUAAAAUAAAGCCAUUUCAAUCAACUUGGAUUCAAGCAUUUUAUUAAUUUUCUACCCAUUGUUUUUCUCAUUGAAAUUGUGAUGUCAUUUUAUUGUUUGUUGUCCUCAUUAUCUUUUGAAAAUAGUUUAGUUUAGCUAAUAGAAUUUUUGAAGGGGGGAAUGUGGGGCAUUUACAGCUUAAGCUACUAUUUAAGAAAGAGAGGCACUUGUGUAUCCUUGACCUGGUAGCCUGAAUGGUUUAAUCUAGAAGUGGUACAUGAUUAUUCUGAGCUCUCACCAUUAAAGGUGAUAUUCAGUUCAGUUGAUUUCUAGAUCCCAGUUAUGAGUCCUAAAGGUUUCCUGUUGGAUGACAUGAUAACUGCAUUCUUAUUUAAGAUGAAAUGCUUGUGAUUGACUGGAGUGUUCAUCUGAAAACCAUCUCAGACACAGAGCAGGACCAGUCUUGCUCUGUUUUACACUUCUGGACAUGGAUGACUAGUGAACUUCUAUAAAUGGUGUGCUACCUGGAUAGCCAUCUUUUGUUGUUUUCUCCUGUUUUGUGAACAUAAGUGUAAGCCUUUCUCAGUGUUUGGUCAUGGCACAUCUCUGACAGGAGAAAUUCCCAUCCUUGGUCUUUUGACUGCUGAGCAUGCUUUCACCUGCUCCCUAAUCUCAGUUUCAAU